AGAGUCAGGGUCUGCCCGCUCGCCGAUAUUGCGAAGUUACGGCAGUAACAGUGAUGGCCUGUGAUGGCUGGUUUGGAAGAGGAGGUACGUAACCGCUCUACGAAGUCUGCCUACGGUUCGGAUGUUCUCAGAACGAGGCAGUAGUAGUAGUACGUACAGUGAAUAUGCCGAAGGUAGUCAAACUGAAGUCUUCAUCUGAAGGUCAUCCACAUGACAAGCGGAAUACAGAAGGUGAUAAGGUCAAGCUUCAUGAAGCUAUAGGCAGUUUAAGAACUCUUGUUUCAGGGGAGAAGAAUCUGAAAGUGAGGAUGGACGACAACUUCAUGUUACGAUACCUGAGGGCGAGCGAUUUCAGUCCUACGGAAGCUUUCGAAAAGAUGGUCAAAGUCUACAAGUUUAAGACCAUGCAUGAGGAGUACUUCGGCAACAAAUCGCCUUCGGAAUACAAGGAAAUUCUUUCACAGAAUUUNAGUCCUAGCAUCCUGGUCGCUAGGAAAAUUUAG